AGUAAUAUCCAAAUCAUUUUGAAGAAAUUCUCAGAAGUGCAUCGCAGAAUGAGGUAAAAACAACGAUUAUAUUCAAUAAUUGUCUCUCGUCUCUUGUCACAAAACUGUGGCUAAUUUCCGCUUCUGUUCAAGUCUUUCUAAUCAGCAAUUAUUGUAAAUAUCUUACUCAUAAGCACAAAACACGGCAGUGAAAAUGCAUGCAAAUUUUAAAGUUACUUUACGCCUUGUUGAAACUAGGAGUAGCGGGAAAUUUACAUGAGAAAACAUUGAACAUUACUGAGAAAUGCAAGAGUUUGUGACUAACAGCGACUAGGAGAUGUGGUAAACUUGGUGUCUUAAUGGCCGGGAAUAAACGAGAAAGCUUUUAUGAUUGGGGCCGUCCCCAUCCCCACUGCCUCCGAGGAUGUUACUUGGCAGUCGUUCAUCAACUUCGUGUUGCUGUUUAACUUCGCUGAGGCUUUUUACAAGGUGACAAUGAUUCAAGACAAAACUCUGCAUGGCUGUAGUUUUCAAAACACAUCAGAAACGACGAUUGGGAAUUGCCUGGCGAAAUGUCUGCAAAAUUGCACAUGCAGAGCCUUCCGGAUGUGUGGUGAAGAUAAGACUUGCAGCUUGUGUUUGUCAACAAGCACAUCCUUGAAGAUAAAAGAAAAACAGGGCGACUGUGGCUAUUUUGCCUUUGAAAGAAAUCACCAACAUGGUUAUGAGAACGGUGGAAAGAGCGGUUGUUUUCAAGACACAAACUGUUGCCUGACCUCCCAAACUUGCUUCAAUGAUGGAGUGUGUAAACCCAGCUAUCCUAAUGAUAUCCUGCAUUCACCACGUUUCACAUGUGACUGUCCCCCAGGGUACCGCGGGAACCGCUGUAAACAGCCAAUCAAGUCGUGCCGUGGCUACGUUAAAGCCAGCGGUCAUGAUCCACCAGCCUCAGGAAACUACACAAUUAUGGAUCACGACAAUAAACCCUUCCAAGUAUUUUGCAAUUUCGUGAAGAUGUCAGUUAGUGAUACUACAGUAUCCUGGACACUUAUCCAGUCCUACCGAUUUGAAAAUAAGACGGAAUUUAAGGCGCCUUUUUUUAAUGACAAUCCCAAAAAUGCCGAAGACCCAAAUUGGGAAUCGUACCGUCUGUCGUUGUCUAGAAUGAAAUCUAUACAAAAGGAUUCUUCAAAAUGGCGAAUGACGUGUCGAUUUGACACGGAUGGGCUGAACAAAACUGAUUAUAUGGAAGGAUUGAAAUCUCAAGUCGAUAUACUGACAUACAAUGCCAGUGAUUGUAUGAAUGUUGAGUUCAUAAAUGUUCGCGGGUACGAAUGUGCCGUCGGAAAUUGCCAAGCUUUUUUGAUUCAAAAAUUCAAUAGACCAUUUCACCACGAUUCAUAUAGGAGCGGUAAAAAAAAAUGCAGCAACUCCCACACUGGUAAUAAAUGUUCCGCGGACAAUAGUGGUAACAAUGGUGAAGAUAACUUCGGUCGCUAUCAGGAUGGCUGUGUUAAUCCAGAUCAUCGUUGUUCUAAAAAUAAAGUUUCCACGACUCAAACCUGGCUGGGAGCGUGAGUAAUGAGGUCAAACGGAUCGAUGAUGACACUUUUUAAAGACGGCUUUAUAUCUGUACAAUAUUUAUAUGGAUUAUAUUUAAUCAGUUGAACUUAGCUCUUCAAAAUUAAAGAAGAAUUAACUUUAAUAGUAUAAAUUGACCAUAACACUGGAGAUGCGCGCAAAAGGUGUGAUUUGAUGGAAACUAUACCUCAAAAGUAUAACGAGAACUCUUUUUACAACAAAAAACUUGGCGCAGAAACCUGAACGCAGG